AUGGGAAGAAUCACUACCUCCCUUGCCUCGGCCCUCAGUGCCGUCCCCUUGUUGUUCUCCCAGGUUUUUGGGGCUCCCACCGAUGUGAAUCAUGUCACCCAACGGUGGGAAAACCCCAUCGCGGACGGAUGGUAUGCCGACCCAGACGGCCUGAGGUUCGGAGAUGAGUACUGGGUCUACGCGACGAUAUCCAUCGCGUUCGACGACCAGACCUACUUCGAUGCCUUCUCGAGCCCUGACUUGGUGCACUGGACGCCCCAUCCCAAGGUCUUCUCAGCAGACAACUCCAACUGGGCCGAGAAAUGGUUCUGGGCGCCCUGCACGAUCGAGCGUAACGGCAAGUAUUACUUCUUCUACACCGCCAACAAUCCCAUCGCCAACGAGGGCAACGCGGGCAUCGGCGUCGCCGUGGCAGACACCCCGGCCGGACCCUUCAACGACCUCAUUGAUCGCCCGAUUGUCGACAGGCAUUACAACGGGGGCAACGCCAUGGACCAGCAGGUCUUCAUCGACGACGACGGGACGUACUACCUCAUCUGGGGCGGCAGCCGCGUGAGCAUCUCGCCGCUGAGCGAGGACAUGAAGUCGAUUGAGGACUGGGCGGACGGCUCCGGCCCCAAGGACAUCACGCCGAACGAGGGCUUCGGGGAGGGAUCGUUCAUGCUGAAGCACAAUGGGAAGUACUACUUCAUGUGGUCCGAGGGGCCCUACGGGGAGCCGAGCUAUCGGGUCGCGUACGCCAUGUCUGACUCGCUCACGGGGCCGUUUGACCGCAUUGGUUUGAUCCUCUCCACGACUGAUGUGGCGGAUGGGCCUGGCCAUCACUCGGUGUUCAAGGACCAUGAUGGGAAGUACUAUAUCGUGUACCACCGUCGCAUCAUUGGCGACAAUGUGGCAGAUCACCGUGUCAUUGCGAUUGACCGCUUCUACUUUAACGAGGACGGAACCAUCAAGCCUGUUGUUAUGACAUGA